AUGCGUCGUGAUUGCGGACCCACCCUUGCGGGGCCUCGCUUCUUCACAUCUCGUACCGCACCUGAGGCACCUGCCUGCGAUGACGGCACCGCGAAGUCGUCAAACUCCGGUUCACAACUUGCGCCGACUCGCUCGAUUUGGGCGCGUCUUCGCGCGGUGCACUGGACUUCAUCAGCGACGCUGGCUGGCCGUGUCUGGUCGCGUCGUACGACCGACGCCCUGCGGUACGUGAUCAAUGCGAUCACUGCGGCAAACGGCAUGCGACCAGUUUGCUCUGCGCUUCUCGGCACCUCGCGUUUCUACAUCUCACCCGCACCGGUCGCGACGACCCAUCGCCCGAUAUCCACGUCUUUUGUCCAUUGUACGGCGCACAUUGACUUCAUGCCAAAUGGCGAGCAGUGUAUCUGGUCUGGGAGCCCGGGGUCGGGGUCGGGACGGCGGCAUCAAGCAGGUUCUGAAUCUCACGCCGCCCGUUCUCAGCAUUGUCUUGGCCGUUUUCUCAGCAUCAGCCUUCGCUCCCAGCGCGAUCCACCUGGCCAUCUGCCCCUUGUUCUUUUUUCAUCUGCCCGUCGCUUUUUCUUCUCCGUGUCAUUUUGCGCGUUCGCACAUCCGCAUCGCCCGUCAUCUUCGUUGUGUCGCCUACAACAAGACGAGCGUUCUUUGCCCCUGUCUCUGCUCCGUGCGCCCGAGGAGAGCGAGGACCUCGUGGAUGUCACACGCUACUCUCCUUACCCCAACGCUGCUGCUGUCGCCGCCGCCGCCGCCGCGACCCUUCUUGUACUCGUUCCCGUUCUUGAGGCUUAA